UCAUGUGCCAGCCUUAAACUUUUAUUUUACAAUCAGUAAAAUAUUCACGCAGAUAUUGGAACAUCUCUGUAAAACCUUUUAUUAUAUGCAACAAUUUCGGCACGAGAGUGACAUUUUAUGCGACGACAGAAUUAACUCUAUCACUCAAAAAUAAGAGUGUGACGAUUUAUUUACAAGUUAUCGAUAAUAAAUCAUUGAAUAAAUUCAUAAAUUAAUUCGAACAUGCACGUUUUGUACUACAACUAUAAAACUGACAGUUCAGACACACAAAAAAGUUGAUGCGCAAUAAGAUUUUUAUUUUUUUCUCUCCUCCACAAACGCAACACGCGUCACCCCAUCAGACGUCCGUGAGACACAAGCCGUCUUUUAUUUAGUUCCGCCCGGAAGUGCACUUCAUUUAAAUGUCUAUUCCCGGUGUUUUGCAGUGAAGCUGACUCAGUGUUGUUAGAGCGCCGCCUGCUGGAGGAAAAUGAAUCAGACCUCGAGCUCAAUAGGUGAUGACGUGGCCAUACUGAGAGAGCAGCUCUGUGAGUUGUGGAGCAGGAAGGAUCUGGAGGAGCUGAGACGACAGGCCGUGUUCGGGUUCUCCCAGUUCUGCUCACCCCUGGCUGGGCUCCUGACGCUGCUGGACGGAUGCCCCAGUGUCCAGAAGAGCAGGUCCAUCACGCUGACUCAGUUCCUCCUCACCGAGUUUGUGCGAUGGAGAUGCGGUCAGGCACGGGGCAGUCUGAAGGAGCUGGAAGACGAGGAGGAGAAGAGGAACCUGCAGCUUCGUGCUAUAGAGCUCACAGCAUCACAGCCAGGGUGCAUGGAGCUCCUGCUGGAGAUCUUCGAGCUGAAGAACCUGGAGAAGAACCUGCUGCUGGAGCACGUGGCCUUGCUGCAGAACAGCGCCUGUUUCAGAGAGGCCGCGAUGCUUGGCAUGAAGUUAGAACUUCAGAAAGAACUCAACAUGGAACAGAUGUGUGUUCCUCUGAUCCUGAUGGACAAGCUGACCAUGGCCGAGGCGUACGUUCAGGAUCAUGCUGACCUACAGGAGCGUCUGAUCCUCCUGCUGGACUCGUGGUGCGGUCCAGACUUUAACCUGGAGAAGGUGCACAGGCAGUUUCCUUGUUUGUCGCUUUCCAAACACCAGACAGACCAAAUCCAACCCAAGCUGCUUGUUAGACACGUCUUCCGGCUCAUGGAGAAAUUCAGCAUUGAUCCUGGUCUGUGUGUGAACGCUGUCUAUAAGAGGAAACUGGAUUCUCUGAGGUUUCUCAUGUAUAAGAGGUUUGGAGAGAAAAACAUGUCUGAGGAGAACUGGAGGGACCAUGUGCAGGUGACAGUGGACGGCAGUGUAGACCUCCAGGUUGUGUUAGUGGAGCUCUUGGUGAAAUACUGUGGACUGGAGACCGCAGCUCAGUGGGCCAAGCACUACAGUGUCCCGAGGGACAGACUGCCCUUCGGGGUGUGGGACACCAUGGAGACCCUGUCCUCCAGUCAGCUAGAAAUAAAUGAAGUGUGUUCUCCUCUGGAUUUGUGGCUCACUCCUCCAUCUCACCAGCUCCACUUCUACCAGCUUCCUCUGGACAGGCAGCAAGUCCACAUGGUGGAGAACGUGGAGCAGCUGGAGCUCUGCAGAGACUCGGUUCUACAGGCGGGGCAUGUAGUGGGCGUGGACAUGGAAUGGCGAGCCCGAUUCGGUACGGUGAGCACGCAGAGCAUCUCCCUGAUCCAGCUGGCUGUGAAGGAGCGAGUGUUCCUGUUGGAUCUGUGUGCUCCGGGCCUCAGACAUCACAGCUUGACGGUCAGCUUCAUCCGAGUGCUGCUGACCAACACCAGCGUCCUCAAACUGGGCUAUGGGAUGUCAGGUGAUUUGAGGAGUCUGGUGGCCACAUGGCCGGAGUUAAAGGAGCAACCUCUAGAGUUUAAGGGAGUGUUGGAUCUGCUCCAUGUCCAUCAGCAGCUGCAGCGGUGCUGGCGAGGGAGAGCCGGGCCUCGGCCGGUGGAGGUGAACGAGGGCCCAGUGGAGAAAGGUUUGAGUUUGCUGGUGCAGCAGGUGCUGGGAAAACCGCUGGAUAAAACAGAACAGCUUUCCAACUGGGAACGCCGUCCACUUCGCACCGGACAGGUGCGCUACGCAGCGAUAGAUGCGUACUGUCUGUUGGAUGUGUAUCUGACUCUCUCUGAGGAUCCGAAGGCGUUCGGUCUUCCUGAUGAUCUGCGCUCCAUCAAGCCGAGUCCAUCGACCAAAAGUGACUCAGACAAAAAGAACAAAGAGAAGAAGAAGCAAAGGGCUCGUCCGAGUGCCAGCGGGGGUGUGGGUGAUGAGGACGGGUGUGUGAGGGUGAACGGUCAGCAGCACAGAGACUCCAUCACACCUCAGGAGCUGCGGGUGGUGUGUGAUAACAUGCUGCAGGGACUGGGCAGAUACCUGCGCUGUGUCGGCGUCGACGUGCUGAUGCUGGACAACACUGAUGACCACAAAGUAGCAGCAGAGAUAGCUCGAAAGGAAGGUCGCAUCAUCCUCACUUCUGGACAGCCAUUUCAAACGCUCCGGUCGCAGGUCUCAGAGGGCCGCUGUCUCACUCUGGACUGUUCAGAGAAGGCCCGGGACCAGGCUGUCCGCGUCCUCAAGCAUUUCAACGUCCACCUCACGCCGUCGGAUAUAUUCAGUCGUUGCCAGGCGUGUAAUAAUGACGAGUAUCUGAAGCUGCCCAGAGAAGACAUGACUCAGAUGAUGAACAGACGAGGUCUGAUGCAGGUGGACCGCUCUGAGACUCGGUGUGACCCUCAGGUGGACCGCUCUGAGACUCGGUGUGACCCUCAGGUGGACCGCUCUGAGACUCGGUGUGACCCUCAGGUGGACCGCUCUGAGACUCGGUGUGACCCUCAGGUGGACCGCUCUGAGACUCGGUGUGACCCUCAGGUGGACCGCUCUGAGACUCGGUGUGACCCUCAGGUGGACCGCUCUGAGACUCGGUGUGACCCUCAGGUAUACUCGAACAGGUGGAGGCCCCUGGACGGGCCGGUGUUCACUCCUAACUGCCGCUGGGCCCCGCGCUCGGCCCUCGACCCUCACUCCUGCAGGUUUGGGGGCGGAGCCGAGGUGCAGCUGGAGACGGUUCCACCCGGUCUGUUCGCUCGCAUCCCCGAGUACUUCAUCUGCACGCACUGUGGGAAAGUGUUCUGGGAGGGAACCCACUUCGACCGGGCGCUCGCUCAGUUCCAGGACAUUCUUAACCUUUCAGAUGACCACACCACGUCCAGGAAGAACAGAACCCAGUCGUCUGAGGUCUGAGGGCCGGAAAAUAAAUCACAGUCCAGUCUGAGAGCAUGUGUCAGAACACCAGGAGGUUGUAAGGUCCAGUCCUGAAAUGGACUUUUUAACACUAUAAAGUGGAAGAGAUUCAGAUAGAAAGGUGCCAAUACUUACGCUUCCUACACAUUUCUGGUGUAGCUGCUGAAUAUUCAUCAGCAAUCUGAGACUUUUAUCACGUUUUCUUACUUUCUCACGACAUACACACACCUGAUGUCCAGGAACUCGUGUGUGUUCUCUGAUAAAAUUCUGGGGGUUUUUGUUCUUUCUUAGAGUUUGUGUAGCUCUGUGUUUACAGGGUCAGUGAGAAAUGUCCAGAACUGUGUGUUACAGUGUGACCGACACUUUGUGAUGAGGUGGAGGUGUGUUUCUCACCAGGGUUCUGGUCUGUAACUUACACCAGCCCUGGAUGUGGCUUCGGUCAUCCUGCAUGCACCAGGUCAUACUGACCCCUCCUUAUUUUACUCAACUGUUUUACAAGCUUUUUAAUUUCACCUUUUUCUUUCUUUCUUUCUUUGAUUGAUGUGUCCUGUUAAGGAAAAAAGAAAUUAAAACCCGAUUGUGAAACACUGCUCGGAGU